ACACAAUGCGACAGCUUUAAGUUACUGACCAUGACAACUGGCGAGCUCGGCGCUGAGGUGCAGAAACGAAACUUUCUCAGAGCGGCUUUCGACGGCUUCUGGAACAACGGUGCCCUUCUCAUUGCUGUAGCGGCGUUCUUAUUUUCGGUGACUGGAUUGUCGGUCAAGCUUAUUGGACAUGACCUGCCGACGUUCCAGAUCGUGCUGGUGCCGGGGCUUCUGUGCUUCGUGGCCACGUCAGCCGUGGUGGCCGCCUACCAGCCGGGCCCGCUGGCCAGCCGCUCGCUCUACGUGAGCGGCAUGACGCUGCUGCGCGGGCUGCUCGGAGCCACCGCCAUCACCUGCUUCUACCUGGCAAUAGAGCUGCUGCCGCUGCAGGACGCAGUGACGUUGUUCUUCUGCAGCCCGGUGCUGGCGGCGCUGUUGGAGCUGGCGGUGACGGGCGAGAGCCACGGCUGGGCGGGCGCCGCCGCCACCACCUGCACCGUGUGCGGCGUGGUGCUGGUCAGCCAGCCCGAGUGCCUGUUCAGGCGCGGCGGGCACAGCAUGGAGGACCACGGCAACAGCGCGGCGGGGGUCAUCCUGGCCACCACUGCGGCGGCGGCAAACGCGGCCGCGUUCGUGGUGGUGAGGAUGCUGAAGCGCUCACAGAACACGGUGGUGCUGACGUGGUGGUACCACGGCGUGGUGGUCACGGUGGCGGCUGUUCCUCUGGCCCUGGGCUACCCCGCUCCCGCCGUGGCCCCCUCGGCCCGCUCCGGCUGCCUGCUGGGCGCGGUGGGCGCCACGCAGUUCCUGGGCCAGCUGCUGCUCAACAGGGGCUUCCAGCUGGAGAGCGCAACACGCGGGUCAGCCAUAAACGUGCUGCAGGUGCUGUUCAGCUUCCUGUGGGACCUGGCGGUGCUGGGCGACAAGCCGGGGCUGGUGUCCGCCGCCGGGUCGGGGCUGGUGGCGGCGGGGGUGCUGUUCGUGGCGCUCACGCCCGUGCACCACCACCCGCUGGCGCCAGCAGCGGAGACGGGGGCGGAGGCGGGGCUGGGGGCAGGGGGGCAGGGGCACCGGCAUGGGCAGCACAGGCACGGGCACGGGCACGUGCGCGGAAGGCUGCAUGGGGAGGCGGAUGUGGAGGCCGAGGCGGCGCCGCUGCUGGGCGCCGGCGGCACGGCGGCGGUGCUGGCCAGCCGGAGAGGCGGCGGCGGCGGUGGCGGCGGCGGCGGCGGGUUAGGUCUGAUACGCGAGGAUGGGGGAGUGGUAGAGAGUGGGAGAGGCGGCGGCGCCCUGGUGGCAUCGAGCCUGGUGCAUUUGCAAGUGGAGGACGGCGGGAGCAGGGAUGGGCGGAGCGGCAGCAGCAGCGGCAGCGGCGAGAGCACGCCGGGGCUGCCGGGGGGUGGCGCGAGCCGGGAGCGGGGCCGGGGCGGGAGUGGUGUGGAGGAUGGCGGCUGGCAGCUGCAGCAGCCGCUGCUGGUGCGGGUGGUGGGGCGGCUGUCGAUGGACACGGCGACGUAGCGCCAAUGCUCGUGUGCUCGUGUGUGCGUGUGUGCUCGUGUCUGCGAUGUGUGCAUUUGAAGAGGGAAGAGGGCUGUAGCGUAGGACACACACUGGUGCGAUUGUGAACUGAGCUACAUCCCUGUGACUGAACGUUACAGCGUUCUCACACAGCGUUUGGCAUGGGUGCAACAGAGAAGCGAAAGUAAUUGAUUUGGCAUCCGCCGAUUGUGGGUUGCAUACUCCUAAUGUGGUAGCUAUGUGUGAGUCACGGGGAUAUGUCCUGCAUCCUGCGGCUCUGUGUCUUCUAUGAAGCCCAGCUUGGGCGCUGGUAGAGGUAGAGUGGGAGCUGUGUGGGGGUCGACACGGGCGCCUUGGGGCGUUCGGGCUUCGAACAGACUCACCACGGUGCGUGUUGCUGGCAGGGCGGCAUGCGUUGUCGCCAGUCCAUGCGACCCUCCCAAUGCACCGAUAGCGCUGCAAACGGCGACAUUGCUGGACGCAUUUGAAAUGAGAGCUCCAUGGGUGUCAAGAA